AUGGCAAAUGCCCAGUUCAGUUACCCCCGGAAAACGGGAGGCCAACCUUCCUCCUUCUCACCGUUGGAGUCACCGUUGUCGUCAUCUUCCAUGGAAGCCGAUGCCUUCGAGAUGCACUUCGGCAAGGAGGGAUGGGCUUCUCUUCCAGAUACCGGUAUCAUUGAAGAUUGGAACUCAAUGCCGGCACCAGCCGAACCCCUGCAUCCACUGGUGGAGUCAACCGCAAAUGGGCAUCUCUUCCUGGACCCCUCAUUUCGCCCCAUUGGUGUUGACUUGAAUGCUGGUUUCAAUUAUGAUUUAUAUCUGGACCCAUUUGCAGCGACAACACCCUUCCAAGGAACUACAGAAACCGAAUCUUGCAUGGGAUAUUCUUUCGGACCUGGAAAUCGCGAAGAACCCCUGCUCAGUUAUUCUGCAUUUCCCGACUAUCUCUCCAGCCAUCAGCACGAAGCCCUGGAGUCGCUCUCCACCCCACCACUCUACUUCGAUAAUCCACAGCCAACCCCUGCUUUAGCUCCACCCCAGACUAUAACGUCUUCAUGUCUGGCUGAGAAUCGCACGCCAUGCAUAAUCACUGCAACAAAGUACCUCCGCACACUUCACAUUCGCCAACCAACCUGCCUGUUCCGCAGCAAUCAAGGCACCUUGAUCCAAGAAACAGAUGCACCUGAGCACCCACGUACAUCUGGCAACGUCCUAAAGAGCAACAAGGAGGCCGGUAUGUCAGUCUGUCGCAUGCUACAGUGUGCCUGCGCUCUCCGUCCCCAGAAUCAACUCCUACUAGCAUCAAUAUGCUCUCGACUGGUGGUGUGGUAUCGAGCGAUGAUCCGUGCCAGUUUAUCCUGUCGUCCCGGUAAUCUUUCCAGUAUCACUGGGCAGAGCCUCAUGGAGGAAGAACCAGCCUUACCGGAAACAGUGGUCCAUGAAGCGGUCACGAUUGGAGAUCAUACGGUCGACAAUCCCGAUCUAGGAUGGAACAUCCAGUCCCAAGUCAUUCUUGGGGAACUUGAGCAUCUGCAACGUCUGGUAGAUACUCUCUCAGCCCGGAUCAAACAGAAUAGUCACUCUACUUUAACACCGAUGGGGUUGAACGCGGAUGCCAAUGUUCCGUCUAUAAGACUUCCAGAGAUCGCACAUGGCCGACUGGUGACCCAUUUAUCCGCGGAAAUCCAAGCGGUCAAGAAAGGAUUGAUCAUGGCUUCGGGAUAG